ACACACACACACACACACACACACACACACACACACACACUACUCUCCUUUUCUGUAUUUAAUCAUCUAAUAUCGCCUUAUUGUUUUUUUUGUGUUCAGAUUCACCAAUGAAACAAUCAGGAAAGUUGCAGUAAAGCUCGCGAUUAACUUCAGUAAAUAGGCGUGUCGCCUGGCAACCAUGUGUGCGUGUGCUGGCUUUUGUUUAGCAUGGAGACAGUAGGCCUACAGUUAAAAACAACCGUGCCUCUCUUCUGCAUGACUUCAGCAUGACAGAUCCCUUAGUGGAUCAGAUGACUAAACUCAGACUGAAACUUAUAGAGAAGAAGUUGAGCAACGAAAGAAACAGGAUGGACGAAAGAACAGAUUCUGUCCAAUCCUCAAGGACCUAUGAUGGAGAGAUGUAUGCACUGCACGGCGCACAGAGGAGGAAACGAGACUUACUGCAAAGAUUGAGAGAACAGUACAUGCUGGAGGAACUCCGCAGACCUCGUACCUGGGGAGGACCGCAGAGACGACGCUCCCAGCCUCAACACCACCACCGCCACGCUGAUCACUUUCCUUCAUCACCCCCUCCUUACCCAGCGCCCUUCCCCUACCAGCCUACUCCUGGGCCUGUGGUGAUACCGUUUCUGCUCCCUCCGAUACACGUUCCGGCACAGCCCCCACACAUUCAACACAUUUCAACUAUUCCUCAACAGCAGCCAACCUUCAUCCAACAGGUGCCACUGCAGCAACAACCGAUGAGCCAGCCGGCCCCGCCCCCUCAGAAUCACGGCCGCAGCAUCAAAGAGGACAUGGUGGAGAUGAUGCUCAUGCAGAAUGCCCAGAUGCAUCAGAUUGUGAUGCAGAACAUGAUGCUGAAAGCCCUGCCUCCCCUGGGCUUCCCUGGGUCUGAGAGGUCCGGUCACGCUACUGGACAAACAGGGUACCUUGAGCAGGCAGGUGCGUUCUACCAUCACCAUCACUACAGCCAGGGCCCAGCCGCGUUGCCCCCAAUCGGAUACCCUGCCUGGCCACCCAUGAUGUCAUCCCCAGCCCAGGGGGGCCAUCCGCACACCGGGCCACACCUGCACGUACCCUCCAUGCAUUUCUAUGCUAAACACGAAUGAAUAGGCUCAUCCGAGGGAAAUUAUCUAAUCUAAGAGGAUGUUGGUUUUGCACUCUGAUAAGGCUUAAUAGCUUUGAAGGACGUCUGUCCUUAUUGUCCGUAUUGUGUUUCCAUACAUUUUUGGUCCCACAACUCGCUGAUUCCAAAGUAAUGUAUUUUUUUUUUUCAGCGUAAUGGCCAUUCACCUAAGGACAUUUUAUUCAGUUGGAUGUCUUUUUUAUUAAGUUCAUCAUUUAUUACAGUUUUGUUAGAUACAAUCAUGUUAGGUUCAUCAUUUCAACAUGUGAAAGUAUUCGUCAGGGCUCUGCAAAACCAGAAGUAUCACCACACUGUGAUUGAUACGUUUUUAUUAUAUACGUUUAAUUUCCCAAGCAAAUCGAUACGGCUAGAUCUAUACUAGAUCUACAUCUAAAAUGACUGACAAAACACGAAAUUGAGUUAGAAUGCAUUUUAUUUUACAGUCGUAGCUUAAUUUUCUGCAUCUUCUUGUCCGUAAACCAUGACCAUCUGUUUCUCUGAGAAUCAAGUCAAGAGUCAAAUAACAAAUAACAAUCUUCAAUUAUAUUUUCAACAUACACACAACUAUUGCCAUGACUUUAAUAUAUGAUUUUACAACUGUACAAAAUGGUAAUUUACAGAAAUUGUAUAAAACAAUAAUUUCACUCAAACCCAUUCCCCAUUUUCCCAUAUUUGUGAAACAACCCGCCAUCACUCACUUAAUUUGAGCUAAGAAACACUUCGAGAAAAAACGUCAAAUAAAAAACACAGCCCAUAAAA